AUGAGAUCCAGUUUCCUGUGGUUCAUGUUGUUUUCAUACUUCAUCUCCUUGGUCCAUGCAUCAACACAUGUCACUAUAUCAAACGAAACAUUUGAAGACAGAAAUGCAGCAUUUGGUCCUCGCAUCUCCUCCAAUGGCAAAAUCGGCUUUAUAGUUGAGCCAAGUCAAGAUCCAACUGGAUGUAGUAUUGUCGAACCGCCCUGCUCAGAUUGGAUUGCACUGGUGAAACGAGGAGGAUGUUCAUUCAUUACCAAGGUGCGCUACAUGCAAAAGAGCGGUGCUGUUGCUGUGGUUGUGGGUGAUCCAGAGCAUCCAGGCUGGAUAACCAUGUAUGCGCCAGGCGAUACAUCCGACGUAACCAUCCCAAGUGUAUUUUUGGCAAUGAAGGAAUACAAUAAAAUACUGCAUCUGUCGAAAUUACUGGAUACACCCAUGAUGGCCGUUUUGCAGUAUGAUGAUAGUGUCACUUGGCCAUUGAUUGAUAUCCUGAUCAUUGUAGCGGUAUCUCCCUGUAUCAUGCUGGUGAUGAUUUACAUCUCCUGGAAGAUUCGACAGGGACUUCAGCGUAGACGAGAAUUAGCGCCUGUUUCAGUUGUAUCGAAGCUAACUGUCAAAAUAUUCAAGCUGGAUGAAAAAGAGCCAGAGCCUGACAGCUGUGCCAUUUGUUUGGAAGACUACCAAAGCGGCAAUGAAUUGAGAUUACUGCCUUGCAAUCAUCAAUUUCACACACUAUGUGUGGAUGCAUGGCUCACUACACAAAAGAAAUUGUGCCCAAUCUGUAAGCGAGAUAUAACAUGCAACGACGCUGGUUAUACAGGCAAGGAGAAUGAGGUCGCCCCACUACUGUUAUCAUCAGGCGCUACUGCUGAUAACAUGGUUUAA